AUGAAAUUCGCUGCCACAAUUUUGUUCACCUUGGCUUUGGCCUUCGGCGUCCAGUCUUAUGUUUUGCCAUGGGGAGUACCUCAGGUUGUAGGUGGUGGUCUUUCAUACACUGCUGUUUCUGGUCCGGUUGUAGCCGGUCAUUGGGGUCCAUGGGCUGGUCAUUGGGGUGCUCCCAGUGUUGACCUUUCUGCUCAUGUUCUCGGUGCUGGUCCAGGCACAUAUGUUGCUAAGACUCGUGGUGCCGUUCACACUGCUCCUUUAGAUGGUCAUUUACAAUCAGUUGCCAACGUCAAUGUUGCUCCAGCUCCUGGUACUCUCUAAAUGU